AUGGACGAUUAUAAUGGUACUCAUGAGAGUGGCAAUUUUAUGGAACUAUUAAUGGAUGGGGAUUACAGAAAUUACUGUGAUUAUCAUGAUAGUGGUGAUUAUAACAAUGCUGACAAUAAUAAUGAUGGUGAUAACAAUGAUGAUAAUGAUGGUGAGAGUAGUGACAGUGAUGAUGACAGUGACAGUGAUUCUGAUGAUGAUGAUAGUAACGACGAUUCUAAUGAGGAGUUUUACCAACUUGUUGCAGUUACCUGUGAAGCAGUUGUGAUAUAUUUCAAUAAGUACAUUAAUAAGACUCCUUGUUAUGAUUCUGAACAAACAGGGUGGGCUUGGGAAUAUAAGGUUAGAAGAGUCAGUGGCAAUCUGUUUACUGAUACUUGGUCAUGGAACAUGUAA